CCGGCGGGGCCGCCCCGCAGAGCCGGCGCAGCGGCGCCCGGGACGGGUCGGAGCUGGUGCCGGUUCCGCCGCCGGGUCCGUACCAGGAUGCGGCUGCGCUCGGGGGUGUUCGCCUCCUCCUGCCUCCUCGUGCAGGCCCUGGGCGUCGCGCUGUUCCUCCGCGGCUUCUUCCCGGUGCCCGUCAGGUCUCUGCCCCGCAGAGAGGCCCGUGCGGACUCUCCCGCCGAGCCGGCCCCGCCCGGCCCAGGAAUGGUUUCUAACUGGACCAAGAUUCCUGCACCACUUUUCAAUAAAGUUGUCAUUGUUCUGAUAGAUGCUUUGAGAGAUGACUUUGUGUUUGGAUCCAAAGGGAAACAGUUCAUGCCAUAUACUACGCAAGUUGUUGAAAAAGGGACUUCCUACAGCUUCAUUGCUGAAGCGAAGCCACCUACUGUGACUAUGCCUAGAAUUAAGGCUUUGAUGACAGGUAGCAUACCUGGUUUCAUUGAUGUUGUCGUGAACCUCAAUUCUCCAGCUCUGUUAGAUGACAAUCUGAUAUGGCAGGCAAAAGCAGCCGGGAAAAGAAUAAUCUUUUAUGGUGAUGAUACAUGGGUUAAAUUGUUCCCAAAGCACUUCAUGGAAUACGAUGGAACUACAUCGUUUUUUGUGUCAGACUUUACAGAGGUUGAUGACAAUGUUACCAGGCAUUUGGAUAGAGUGUUAAAGAGAGAAGACUGGGAUAUCCUAAUACUACAUUACCUGGGAUUGGACCAUAUUGGACAUAUUAGUGGGCCAAACAGCCCAUUAGUGGGACCAAAACUUCGUGAAAUGGAUAACAUACUGAAGAAGAUUCAUAUUUCUCUUCUUUCAAAGGAAGAAGCUUCUUUGCCCAAUUUGCUAGUUGUGUGUGGGGAUCACGGGAUGUCUGAAACGGGUAGUCAUGGUGGUUCUUCAGAAGGAGAAGUGCACACACCUCUUCUGUUUAUCAGCUCUGCUUUUGAAAAGAGAAGUGGUCCUCUAACCCAGCCUGAACGUGUGCAACAAACAGAUUUAGCCAGCACACUGGCAGUAGGUCUUGGUCUGCCAAUUUCAAGAAAUAGUGUUGGGAACCUUAUACUGCCAGUUGUUGGAGGCAAGACAAUGAGAGAACAACUACGUUUUGUGCACUUGAAUGGGUUCCAGCUUAGCAGGUUGCUGCAAGAGAAUACACCUGCAUAUGAAAAAGGUACGAGUUUAUUUGGAGUGAGAACCUAGAGAACUGCAGAGUUGCUUAUUAAAAAUACAUGCGUGUGUGUUUGGAGGAAAGAAUAAAAAACAAGUGGAAAAAAUAACCCCGAUCUAGCAAAAUGUAGUAUUUCGUUAAGAAGCACGAUACAAACUGCAAUAUAAAUAAGGAAGUUAAUAUGAUAAUUAAGUGAAAAAGUUGAGUCAGAGGAUGAAGGAGAAUAUUUUACCAUAGACCUUAGAAGAUGUUGUUAUAGAGUGGCUGUGAAGCUUGUCACUUGAUUUAUAAUCUAUUGAAUCAUUAAAAUAACCAGAUGAGAAUGCAGAGCUGCGUUGCAGGUAUGAAUAAUUAAAAUGGAUAGCAACGUAAAUUUUAGCAAGAUGAUCAUUGUGGGUCAAGAAUCAAUUAUCUUUCAACAUCACAGCUUCUAGUUGUAACUAAACCCUGUCCAGGAACUGAACCAAGACUGCCGCUUGUGGUAGCAACGUGUCAAUAGCAGGACCCAUGCUCCAGCUACUUUGAUAUUUUAUUUUUUUUUUUUUUUUGCACAGAUUUCCUCUCUUAACCCAUUUGUCAAGUGAGGAACUUGCCCUGUUGGGGGAGUUCAGGCUGUGUUGCUGAAAUUUCUAUCACAAAACUCCAUCUGAUGGUAUUUCUUCACACACUGGUGAAACAGACUGAAGUUUCUACCAGCUUCUGGUUUAUAUCUUCACAAGUAGUCUUGUUUUUCUUAGGGUGUUCUAGAUGGGCAAGGCUGUUGCUUAAUAAUUUGGUCUGUAUGAUUAAGAUUGGCAGGGAAAAGUUAUGUGCUGUUUGUUUAAUGUUGUUUGAUUGAUGUGGAUACUUCAGGCCGUAGAAAUAUUAAAGAAAAGGUCACUAAGUCAGUGACUAAUAUAUGUAAUUUAAAAGCGUGCAUGAAUGGCCUUUUGUUUUGCGUGGUUUUUAAGUGAAGAUGAAUGCCAUCCCACCUAUCCCACUACAGGCACACACACAUGUAUGCAUAUCUGUUGUGAUUCCUGUAGAAGGAGUUACCUUGGGGAGAAGUGAUUAUAUUCUGUAAUCUGAUUCAUGUUUGAGAAGAUUGCCCUGUUUUUAAAAAGGUUAAAAAGGAGGACUCUGGGAACUACAUAACAGUAAGCCUCAUCUCUGUCCCUGGUAAGGUCAUGAAACAGAUCCUCCUGGAAGACAUGUCAAAAUACAUGGAAGACAAGAAGGUUGUUAGAGACGGCCGACACUGCUUUGCUGAGGGCAGAUUGGGCCUGACUUAAUUUAGUGUCCUGUGAUGGGAUAAAUGCAUCAGUGGACUAGAGAAAAGCUAUGUUUGUUAUCUACCUAGACUUCUAUAGGGCCUCCCUCAACAUUCCUGCUGCUAUUGUUAGAGCGAUACAGGUUUGACAGGUGGACUUUAAUGAAUAAGAAGUUGGAUCCAUGGCCAUGUCUAUAAAGUCAGUGGCCCAGUGUCCAGUGGCUCAGGAAACCAGUAAUGAGUGGUGAUUUAGUGAAAGAUGUCUGUUUUCACACUGCUAGGGGUGAACUAGAUGAUCUUUAAAGGUACCUUCCCUUUCAGCCUGAACCAUUCUAUGAUUGUAAUUUGGGAAGCUGAAGAGGGAGAGUUGCCCUUUAUGUGAGAGAGGCAUGGAGCUCUGGGAGUGGAUGUUGAAAUGGUUGAGAACUUCUGGGUCAGGAUUAAUGCACAAACCAAUAUGGGCAAUGUUGUUAUGGGUGUCUAAUACCGACAUUGUGAUUGGGAAGAAUUAGUAAGUUUUCAGACAGCUAGAGGAAGCCUCAUAUUCAUCAUCCAUGGUGCUCAUAUGGUGCUUCAGCCAUCCUGUUGCAGUUCAGGCUAGAUAACUGGACAGUGUGGCUCAGCUGCUGGGCUCAUGUGAUUGUUAUCAGCAGCACAGAGUCCACACAGGCCAGUACUAUUUAACAUCUUCAUUAAUGACCUGGGUGAUGGGACAGUGCACCCUCAGCAAGGGGAGGACACAAUACAAAACUGGGAGAAGUGCUUGAUGCAGUAGGUGGGUCUGCUGUCACUCAGAGGUACCUUGACAGGCUGGAGAAAUGGUCUGACAGGAACCUCUUAAAGUUCAGCAAAGGGAAAUGCCAAAUCCUACACUUGGAAAGAAAUAAUCCCAUGCAUCAGUACGGAUUGGGUAUUGACUGACUGGAAAACAGCUUGGUGGUGAACCACCAAGGGGUCCUUGGGGCACCAAGUUGAACACCAGCCAGCAAUGCACCCUUGUGGAAGGAAGGCUGAUAGCAUCCAAGGCUGAAUUAGGACAGUCAUCUGCAGGUCAGUCCUUCUUCCUGUCAGCUGUGGGGAGCCCCCAUCUGGGGUCCUGUGUCUGGUUCUGGGCUCCCCAGAACAAGAACUAGUGAGAGCAGUGAAUGGCCAUGAAGGGUGAUGAAGAGAUUGAAAUGUUUGUCAUGGAGAGGCUGAAGGUGAUGGGACUGUUCAGCUUAGAUAGCUGAAGACUCAACAGGAUUCUUAUCAAUGUAAGUAAUAUGCGAUGGGAGGGAAUAAAGAAUACUGAACCAGGGUCUAAUUGGUGGUCCCCACAAAAAUAAUUUGCUUGAAUUAAAGGAACUUUUUUUAUAUAAGAUUUGUCAAGCACUGGAAUGAGUUGCCCAGAGAGGCUGUGGAGGCUUCAUAUCUGAAAACAUGCAAGACCUGACUGGACACAGAUCUGAGCAAUCUGCUUUAGCUCAUCCUGCUCAGAGCCUUUGAUUUUUAUUUGUAUGACAUCUGGACACUCAUCAGAAUUGUGCUGACAGGUCUUGAGCUAUAUAAUUUCUGAAUGCCACAGGCAAGGUCUGCUGCCAGGUUUUUUGAGGGAAAGAAAUCUGAGAAGAUAAGUCAAUUAGACAUCUCACUCGCAUUUGCUGCUGCAAUUUCAAGCUUUCCAAUGCAGAUUCUCAGCUAGUAACAACUGGUGGAUCAUAACAUUUCAGUUGAAUGCUCAGAGAAAUGUCUGUGAUUGGAGUUGAAAGUGAAAGAUACUUGCAGGGAUAGCCUAAGCCUUGGUACUUCAAAAAAAAUUAUUAUUAUUUUCAACUCUUGAGGUCAAAACCAGUAGGCUCUUCUGAAGGGGAAAACAUGGGAUUCCUGUGGAGAGUAUUUUAAUUUACAGCACAGAGGUUAUGGCACCAGCCAUUAGGACCAUGAGGAUGAUGACUGAAUCAGUCAUAGUAAGAAAAGUUUCAUCCAUUGUAAGUUAUAGCAUAACAUAUACAUUCAUUUUGGGUGCCAUAUGAGUUUCCUUUUUAAUGCAGUAAGAUGAAGUCAGACGUUGAUUGAGUUGAAUCAGAGUCGGAUGGGAAGGCAGAAUGACCUUUAUAAGCUGUUUCAUGCAGCAGCCAUGUAGUUCCCUGGAUUCAGCUGCUCCGAUGUUAAGAGUAAAGUGGAACAGUACACAAAAAUAUCUUCGAGUGUGUCUUAAAUAUAUCUAUUAAUAAAGAGCAGAAUGAAGGCAGGUCAGUAACUUUAUUUUCCCCCUAGUGUUUGUUAUACAAACAUGCUUUCUCUAGCCAAGAGGUAGUACAGCAUUUCAUGGGACUCAGAUUUUGAUUUGUUGAGAUACAAAGGAAUCUUCACAGUUAAAUCUGUCUUCAAGUAAAUAAAAUUUUACAUGAGAAACUUGAAGCUUGACUAAGAGCUAUAUUAUUUUUAAAAUAACUUUUUGAAAAAUACUAAUAAAUGCUAAUGUCAGGCCUUAGUUUUUCUUUUGAUAGAGAUGGACACAUACAAGUAAGGAAGAAGUCUGAAAAAGGAGAAUAAAAACAGCUGGCAAAAAUGAGGAAGCUGAAAGAAGUAUCUAAAAACACACUUUGGGUUUUUGAGCAAGUUCAUACCUCAGUGUAAGGUAGGCAGCUCUAGGUAUCUAGCAGUGCUUUCCUCAUGUUCUGAACUUCUCGACAUGCAUGUGAAGGUUAAACUAGGACUUUUUUUGAAGGGCACUUCACAGUGGACUGAAGAGUCAUGCCUGAGAACAAGUUGGAUGUUGUUAUUAAAAUGAGUGCCCGUUUUUCAAUUUGGGACUGAUCCUGAACUUUUUAGAUGCAUGUGUUGAUUGAAAUGAUUUUUCUGUUACUGGGACAGUUAUGUAUUGAAACUGGAGAAGUCACCUUUACAUUAUUCAGUCUAUUUUUAGAACUCUUUCUAAGUGAUUGCUGCCUGUGACUGUAACUAAGUGCAAUUGUUGUCAGACAGAUGCUUGUGAAGCAUAGCCAUCUGCUUGUGAUCAGAUGGUAGUGAGGCUCAAGCACAAAUUGCCACUGUAAUCCUGUGAAAGUAAACCAUUGCUAGUGCUUUGGGAAAUGUGUAACUGGGCAAGCUCGCUUUGGAUUUUUCCUCAAGUUUAACUUGUCUUAUGAGUAUCCCAUGCAGGAGUGACUUUCCAGUGUUACCUGCCAGUUACCAACAACUUAGUGCCUGUGACCCUUCUUACUUUAUACUUCCUGUGUACAAUUGUGCCACGGAACAGGUAUCAUAGGACUUCAAAGGGAAAUUUGGUAACUGUGGUCCUUUAUUCCUGUCUGCAAGAUCUUUAAAUCAUUCACUCAUAUGUGUGUUUGACUAAACAGUCAUCUUACAUAACAUGGGCAGAAUGAGUUUGGUGGGCAGUAACAUGGAAGGAGGUAGAUGAGAAUGAAAUAAAAAUGCUAAAAGAAAUGAAGAGGGAGACUGGGCAAGAAGCUUGAAAAGUGAGCAGAACAGGAGCAGAAGAUGUGGAGGGAAUUUAUUUAUGUAUCAAAAUACAGCUUGAACUCAUUUCAAUGUUCUGUAUAAUGAAAUAGUGUCAUGUCAAAUCUCAGUUUGAUUAAAGCUCAUUUUAGAUGAU